GCUAAAGUAUACUCGUACCAAUCCACUUCAGAGGGCAUAAGUCCAAAAGAUUGAUCGGUUGGGGAUAGAAUCAAAACCCCAAGAACUUUAUGCUAAAGCCAACCGACAUCUCAGCCAUCAGUUCUACAAAUACCCAUUUCUUGCAGGACAUAGGCCAAGAGAGUACCAAGCAAAAAGGUUGCUGAGAGACAAGAGAGAGAGAUAUGGGUUGGUUAUGGUCUGAGAGAAGGGGUCCAGGAUGGAAGCAGGGUUGGACAGAGCAGACUCUAGCCUCUGUCUCGCCACCUCCUUUUCCUUUGCUUGCCAUUUUCUUUAUAAUUUUCCUCCUCCUGUUUGUUUCAUCUUAUUUUAACUUCAAGGACCAGAUGGAGCAUACGGUGAUUAACUUUAACUUGUUUCUGCUGUUCUUGCCUGUGCUACUGAUACUUGUUGCACAGGUUUUGUCCAAGUGCGAGAGUUUUAUUGUUCCUGCUACAAAAGCAGAGUAUGGUAGGAUUCGUCGAAGCUGGGAUUUGCCUUGGGGCGUGGUGGCGUUGGUGGUGGUGCUUUUGGUGAUGCUCUCUUACCAAUCAUCGUUUCGGUCUGUUUGGUCUCCGAUUGUGUGGAGGUCUGUUUGAUUAGUGAUGAGUUCAUGUAGUCAUGUAUAGAGCAAGAUUUUCUUGGGUAUUGAAAAGAGUCGCAACGUUUAAUAGUCGUUCUAUUUUGAUGAAGUACAAUACUUGAGAAGUUGAUGCC